CAGAGCCAGACAUAGGUAUGCCAGAACAAGAUGCUCAGAGGUUCUUCCAUCAACUAAUGGCAGGGGUGGUUUAUCUCCAUGGUAUUGGAAUAACCCACAGGGAUAUUAAGCCAGAAAAUCUCCUAUUGGAUGAAAGGGAUAACCUCAAAAUCUCUGACUUUGGCUUGGCAACAGUGUUUCGGCAUAAUAAUCGUGAGCGCUUACUAAAUAAGAUGUGUGGUACUUUACCUUAUGUCGCUCCAGAACUUUUAAAGAGAAAAGAAUUUAAUGCAGAACCAGUUGAUAUUUGGUCUUGUGGAAUAGUCCUUACUGCAAUGUUGGCUGGAGAAUUGCCAUGGGACCAGCCCACUGACAGUUGUCAGGAAUAUUUUGAUUGGAAAGAAAAAAAAACUUACCUAAACCCUUGGAAAAAAAUUGAUUCUGCUCCUCUAGCUCUGCUGCAUAAAAUUUUAGUUGAAAAUCCAUCUGUAAGGAUUACUAUACCAGACAUAAAAAAAGACAGAUGGUACAACAAACCACUCAAGAAAGUGCCAAGGAGGCCCCAGGUCACUUCAGGAGGGGUAUCAGAGUCUCCAAGUGGAUUUUCUAAGCACAUUCAAUCCAAUUUGGACUUCUCUCCAGUAACUAGUGCAAAUAGUGAAGAAAGCGUGAAGUACUCCAGCUCCCAGCCGGAACCACGGACAGGUCUUUCCUUAUGGGACAGCAGUCCCUCAAACAUUGAUAAACUGGUACAAGGGAUCAGUUUUUCACAGCCUGCAUGUCCUGAUCAUAUGCUACUAAAUAGUCAGUUACUCGGCACUCCAGGAUCCUCACAGGUGACUGUAUCAACAACUGACAGGAGAAAUAAUAAGCUGAUUUUCAAAGUAAACUUGGUGGAAAUGGAUGAGAAGAUCUUGGUAGAUUUCCGACUUUCUAAGGGGGAUGGACUGGAGUUCAAGAGGCACUUUCUGAAGAUCAAAGGGAAGCUGAGUGAUGUUGUGAGCAGCCAGAAGGUUUGGCUCCCGGCCACAUGAGCAAUCCGUUGACUCUGGGCUUCCUGGUGAAUAUAGUGCUGCUAUGUUGACGUAAUUCUUCCUAGAGAAGAUUAUCCUAUUCAGAAAAUAAUAGUUCCUGGGAAAUCUUUGUCUUCUGUUAUCCAGACAUCUUCCACAUUUUUUUGUACUACAGAUGAUGCCUAUAUUAUCAUUGUAAAUAAAACUUUGGGAAUGGAAUGGGUAAAAUUCAUUAGAUAUUUCUUUGGCAGGAUUUACUGUUAGAAUUUGAGACCCACGUGGUAGAAACCAAAUUUGGGGUAUACAUGAAUUUACAAGCUUUCAUAUUACCAUAAUGAAAGAAGAUGUCUAUGGCCCAUUUUAACCAAAAUAUUUAGUUUUAUCCAGAAAGUUUGUAUUAUUUAACUAUUAGGGUAGAUUAGUAAAAACAUAGUCUUUGUGACUUUUGGAAAUAGAUUUAUCUGUGAAAUGAUUCCAACUUUUAAAAAAUGUAUCCCUAAUAUCUGUACUUCUAUUUUCAAAAGUGCUUGUGUAGGUAUGUAUACCUGCUUUUGAACUAACUACCGAUGAAAACUUCAAGUGGGUGUAUUUUUCCUGGUGUAGUUAAUAGUAUGUACACUUGGUCUUUCAGCUAUAAGUUGAGCAUAAAAUCUAGAGCUUAACUAACUUUAAAAUUCCUGUUAUAUCUCUUAAGUAAUUUUCUGUAUUAUUUUCUACUGUCACAGCUAUAUUUUAAUUCUUUACUAUCGAAAUAAAUUCUAUCUUGAAAAGAAAUAACUGGAGCUCAUUGAUGACCAAACUGGUCCUCCAGUGCCUUGUGCAGGUCCCUCUCCUAGCCGAGCAACUUGUGCCUGCUCCCAGCUUCUGACCCGGUUUCUAUUGCAUCCAUUGUUAUUGUUGUGUUCCCUCAAGGCAAUGUGACUCCUUACAACCCUGUAUAAUAGAGUGGAACUGCCCCAUGGGGUCUCCAAGGCAGUACGUUUUUAUUGCUACAG